AGUUUUCUUGAAAUACAACUAAGAACAGAAGUACAACUAAGAACAACCAACCACCUAACAUCACCAGCUUGCAUGAUUAUAGAGAUGAUCUGUCUGGUUCUGAAAAUGUCCAUAUUUUUUUGACAACGAUUCAACAACCAUGGGGUCAAGUGGACUUGGAAAAGCAGCAACAUUAGACGAACUGCUGAGCACUUGCAUUGAGAUGUUUGAUGACAAUGGAGAGCUAAAUGAUGGUUGUUUGCCAAGAACAGUACUACUGAUGCACCGAUGGUAUUUAUCAUCCACUGAAUUGGCAGAAAAACUUCUCUGCAUGUAUCAAAAUGCCAGUGGAGAAAGCUGCAAUGAAUUUCGAUUAAAGAUCUGCUACUUCAUGAGGUACUGGAUUCUGAAGUUCCCUGCAGAGUUUAAUUUGGACCUGGGUUUGAUUCGCAUGACUGAAGAAUUCCGGGAAGUAGCUAGUCAAUUAGGCUAUGAAAACCAUAUCAGCCUUAUCGACAUAUCCAGCAUUCCUUCCUAUGACUGGAUGAGAAGAGUCACACAGAGGAAAAAAGUGUCUAAGAAGGGGAAAGCCUGUCUGCUGUUUGACCAUCUGGAGCCCAUUGAAUUGGCUGAACACCUCACUUUUUUGGAGCAUAAAUCUUUUAGAAGGAUCUCAUUCACCGAUUACCAAAGCUAUGUCAUCCAUGGCUGCCUAGAGAAUAACCCAACCUUGGAGAGAUCUAUUGCUUUAUUUAAUGGAAUCUCUAAGUGGGUCCAGUUGAUGGUUCUUAGCAAACCAACACCCCAGCAGAGGGCAGAGGUCAUCACAAAGUUUAUCAAUGUUGCAAAGAAACUCCUUCACCUAAAAAAUUUUAACACCCUGAUGUCAGUGGUGGGCGGCUUAAGCCAUAGUUCUAUUUCUCGCCUCAAAGAGACUCAUUCUCAUCUUUCUUCGGAAGUUACAAAGAACUGGAAUGAAAUGACUGAGCUGGUUUCCUCCAACGGCAAUUACUGCAAUUACCGCAAGGCCUUUGCAGACUGUGAUGGCUUCAAAAUCCCCAUCCUUGGAGUACACUUGAAAGACUUGAUAGCAGUCCAUGUCAUUUUCCCAGACUGGACAGAAGAGAACAAAGUGAACAUUGUGAAAAUGCACCAGCUUUCCGUUACCCUGAGUGAACUGGUCUCCCUGCAGAAUGCCUCUCACCACUUGGAACCCAACAUGGAUUUGAUCAACCUGCUCACGCUUUCUCUGGACCUCUAUCACACAGAAGAUGAUAUCUACAAACUGUCUCUGGUGCUGGAACCUAGGAACUCUAAGUCUCCUACCUCCCCUACAACACCCAACAAGCCUGUGGUGCCCUUGGAAUGGGCAUCAGGAGUGAUGCUGAAGCCAGACCCCACGGUCAUCAACAAGCACAUAAGGAAAUUGGUUGAGUCUGUGUUUAGAAACUACGACCAUGACCAUGAUGGGUACAUCUCCCAAGAGGACUUUGAAAGCAUAGCUGCCAACUUUCCCUUCUUGGAUUCUUUCUGUGUGUUGGACAAAGAUCAGGAUGGUCUAAUUAGUAAAGAUGAAAUGAUGGCUUACUUCUUGAGAGCAAAGUCCCAACUCCACUGUAAAAUGGGACCAGGAUUUAUCCAUAAUUUUCAGGAGAUGACGUAUCUCAAGCCAACUUUCUGUGAACACUGCGCAGGAUUUCUCUGGGGCAUAAUCAAGCAAGGAUAUAAAUGCAAAGACUGUGGAGUCAAUUGUCACAAACAGUGCAAAGAUCUUCUGGUUCUGGCCUGCAGAAGGUUUGCCCGUGUGCCUUCCCUGGGCAGUGGUCAAGGGUCACUGCCUGGAAGUCCCUCGAUGCCUCCAGUGCAGGAUGAGGUGUUUGAGUUCCCUGGGGUUGCUGCUGGACACCAGGACCUGGACAGCAGAGCUAUCACACUGGUUACAGGCUCUUCUCGCAAGAUUUCUGUGCGGCUACAGCGGGCCACCACCAGUCAGGCCACCCAGACUGAGCCCGUGUGGUCAGAGGCUGGCUGGGGGGAGUCAGGGUCUCAUACAUUCCCCAAAAUGAAAUCCAAGUUCCAUGACAAAGCAGCAAAGGACAAAGGCUUUGCCAAGUGGGAAAACGAGAAGCCCCGGGUACAGGCUGGCAUAGAUGUUGUGGACCGGGGUACUGACUUUGAACUUGACCAGGAUGAAGUAGACAUGAGUGAGGUCAGACAGGAUGGUGAGGAUGGCUGAUGUCAUUCAUCCAGAGAAACUGAAGGCAAUGGUAUAUUGGCUUUUGGAAGGAGGAAGAUGAGAAACUCUGAAGAACACUCCAACUCUCAGGAAGUUAUAUGGAAAAAUCCCUAGAUCUUUUCUGCCUUGUAACAUCAUGGGAUCUCCCUGAUUGGAUUAUGGGACAGCGGAUUGCCCUAACCAUGAACUAUUUAUUUCCUCCUUCCCUGUCCCUAGUUAGGUGUCAAGAGGACAAUGUUAAUAUAGUCAGUAGUUUUCUCAUGUAUCUCUCCCUAGAGUCAUUUAUAUACGGGUAAAACGAAAGCUUUCAUGUGUGUAUCUGGUAGUCAUUUUCUAAACUCUGACUUUGCCUUUUUGUUGUUGUUGUUGUGAGUAUAUUAUUUCCAUAUUUUUAUAAACUUUCGAUGUGGGCGUGGUGAUGGAGGGAGUUGGUUAACAAGGAUUUGAGUGCCCGGUGUUUUUGAUUU